AUGACUGCCAAAGAUUAUCCGUCAUUGUGGGGCUUUGGAACAACGAAAACAUUUAAAAUUCCCAUUGAACAUUUGGAUUUCAAAUAUAUUGAAAAAUGUUCAGAUGUUAAAUACCUGGAAAAAAUUCUUUGUGUGCUCAGGUCUGGUGAGGAAGGAUAUUAUCCUGAACUUACAGAAUUUUGUGAAAAGCGCCUUAAAGGCUUGGCUCCUAAAAGCAGAGCUUUGAGGAAAGAUAAGCCUGCAGCAACAGCAUCCAGUUUUACAGAAGAAGAAUGGGAAAAAAUUGAUGGUGAUAUAAAGAGUUGGGUGUCAGAAAUUAAAAGAGAAGAAAGUAGAAUGCGCCUUCAUGAAACCGAAACAUUUCCAGGAAUGAAAGAUCAUUUGCCUCCAGUUCGUGGUUCCAACAGCUAUCUUCAYGUUGGCCAGGAAAAACAUUCUAAAAAUAGACCAGCUAAAAAGAAAAUUCCAAGAGAUUAUGCAGAAUGGGAUAAAUUUGAUGUGGAAAAAGAAUGCUCAAAAAUCGAUGAAGAUUACAAAGAAAAGACUGUAAUUGACAACAAGUCACAUUUGUCUAAAAUUGAAAGAAAAGUAGACACAGCAGGUCUAACUGAGAAGGACAGGGGUUUACUUGCUAUUCGUGAAAAAGAAAAAGGAAAUGAAGCUUUCAACUCGGGCGAUUAUGAGGAGGCUGUGAUGUAUUAUACUAGGAGUAUCUCAGCGCUUCCCACUAUAGCUGCCUAUAACAAUCGAGCUCAAGCAGAAAUCAAAUUGCAGAACUGGACUAGUGCUUUUCAGGAUUGUGAAAAGGUCUUGCAGUUAGAACCUGGAAACAUAAAGGCUCUUCUCCGCCGUGCCACUACAUAUAAACAUCAAAACAAGCUCCAGGAAGCUAUAGAAGAUUUGAGAAAAGUACUGGAUGUUGAGCCUGAUAAUGAUUUGGCUAAAAAAACCUUAUCAGAAGUCGAAAGAGAUGUGAAAAAUUCUGAACCUGCAUCUAAGACCCAAWCUAAAGGGAAAAGGAUGGUUAUUGAAGAAGUAGAAAACUCAGAAGAUGAAGAUGAAAAGGGAAGUGGAAGAAAACCUGAAGAUGGCAGUGGAGAUAAGAUCCCGCGCGCCAUGGGCAACAUCCAGAAGAAGCUGACCGGCAAAAGCGAGGGCGGCAAGCGGCCGGCGAGGGGCGCCCCGUGGCGGGGCCGGGCGCCCGGGCCCGGCGCCGAGAAGCGGGGCGGGCCACUGGCCCCAGCGACGACCGGCGACGGCGCCAACGGGCACUCCAGCGGCGGGCGGGGUGCUGGGGACCCCAAUGAGACCGACGCGUMCCCGGCAGGGGCCCGGCUCGGCCCGGACGGCCUGAAGAGUCAGGGCAACGAGCUGUUCAAAAAUGGACAGUUCGCGGAGGCCGCCCGCCGGUACUCUGCGGCGAUAGCGCAACUGGAGCCUGCAGGAAGUGAAAGCGCAGAUGAUCUAAGUAUCUUAUAUUCAAAUAGAGCAGCAUGUUACCUAAAAGAAGGAAACUGCAGUGGCUGCAUUCAGGAUUGUAACAGGGCUCUGGAACUUCAUCCAUUCUCAAUGAAACCUCUUCUGCGACGAGCAAUGGCCUAUGAAACUUUAGAGCAGUACGGGAAAGCUUAUGUUGAUUAUAAAACAGUGUUGCAAAUAGACUGUGGAAUCCAGCUAGCGAAUGACAGUAUUAACAGAAUAACAAGAAUUUUAAUGGAACUGGAUGGUCCAAAUUGGCGGGAAAAGCUGCCACCUAUUCCUGCUGUGCCCACUUCUGAGCCCCUUCGAGCUUGGCAUCCUGCCACACCCAUGACCCCAGACCAAGGGGGAGAUCCCAGCGGCCAUCACUCACCGAGCAUCACAGAAGAAAAAAUGUUUGAAGUGCUUAAGGAAGAAGGAAAUGAAUAUGUAAAGGAUAAAAACUAUAAAGAUGCUCUUAGUAAAUACAGUGAAUGCUUGAAGAUUAAUAACARGGAGUGUGCCAUAUAUACAAACAGAGCCCUCUGCUACCUGAAGUUAUGCCAGUUUGAAGAAGCAAAGCAGGACUGUGAUCAGGCGCUUCAGAUAGAUGGUGACAAUGUGAAAGCAUAUUAUAGGCGGGCACUGGCUCAUAAAGGACUCAAGAAUUAUCAGAAAAGCUUAUCUGAUCUCAAUCAAGUUCUCCUAUUAGACCCAAAUAUCGUUGAAGCAAAGAUGGAAUUGGAAGAGGUAACCAGACUCCUCAAUAUUAAGGAUAACACAGCAUCAUUCAACAAAGGAAAAGAGAGAAGGAAAAUUGAAAUUCAAGAGGUGAAUGAAGGCAAUGAGGAGCCUGAAAGAACCUCAGGGGACAUCUCAACUGAAUACCUGGCUCCUGAAAAGGGAGGUGGAAGCAGUGGGACACUAGAACACUCCGAGAGACUUGAGAUUUCCAAGCCUACUAAUGCCUAUGAAUUUGGCCAGGUUAUAAGUGCUAUCAAUACAAGGAAAGAUGAAGAAGCCUGUGCACACCUUUUAGCCAUUACUGCACCAAAAGAUUUGCCAGUGUUGCUGAGUAACAAACUUGAAGGGGAUACAUUCCUUCUUCUAGUUCAGUCUCUGAAAAAUCAUCUUAUUGAUAAGGAUCCCUCCUUGGUGUAUCAACAUCUUUUGUAUCUGAGUAAAGCAGAAAGGUUUAAGAUGAUGUUGACAUUGAUUAGCAAGGGCCAAAAGGAGCAAAUUCAACAGCUGUUUGAUGAUCUUUCAGCCACACCAAACCACCAUUUUACUUUAGAAGAUGUACAAGCCUUAAAAAGUCAGUAUGAGCUUUAACUCAAGGUUACUGUUAGAUUUCUUCCAUGCAUGUGUGCUCCCGUAACACCAACGAAUGGUACUGUAAUAGAGUUGCAUGGAUAAAACCUGGCUUAGAAAAGAUCCCUUGGUCUGGACUGUAAAACAUUUUACUUAUUUUUAUACACAGAACAUGUAUAUUCUACAAUCUGCUUUUUUUAAGUUGUAAAUAUUUUCUUAUGUACCAGAGCCAACAUCUUUAUAUUUAAAAAGUAUGUUUAGAACAURUUAAAAAUACAUUUUAAUUUAUAGUAGGCAUUUUCUUUUAAUAACUCACCUGUUAAAAACUUGAGUUAAACUGCAUUUCUCUGAGCUAUGAGGAAGUUCURUUUAGUUUGAUAGAAAUGAAUUUCUUUAAAAAAUUUUUUUAAAGUGAAAGUUAUGAUUAUUCACUUUAUAAGAUACAUAUAGAUCCCAUUUUAUACUACUAGUGAAUUAAAAUCAAUUAAAAUGAAAUGCAACACUGAAAUCUAUGAUGAGGUGAUUAUUAAAUAAAUUGUGUUUAUCAAUGAGAGCCAUAAGAGAAACUAAUUUUUUCUAAUAAGGAAGUAUUACCUAAUGAUUAGAACAAAAAUUGCCAAAAGUUUCUACCACUUUUUACUAGAUUUUAAAAAGUGACUUACUCGUAUAUAUUGCUUAUGUAAGCAAAACAUCCAUUAUAUAAACGCAAAUUAAGCCUGCAUUUAUAUUUGAAUUUUUUCCCACGUUUUUCUCAAAUAUUUACAUGUUCCCUUCCCCUUUUUUGUUUUCUGCUUUUGUGACUAUAUUUAUCCCUGUAUUAUAAAAGGAAAGUGAAGAACUCAUCAUAUUGAAAACUCUUUGUUAACUGGGCCAAAGUAAAGGUGUUUCUUAACAAUAAAACAUUCAGGUCUCAGUAUGUCCUGUCAUUUGUUCCAGUAGUCUACAGUUAAUUACYUUUUUAGGG